CAAUAAAUGAGUAACAUACUUAGUUUUUUCGACACCCAUCAAUUCUCCGAAACACAUGAGUAGAAUUAUUCCAACCUUCAUCUUCUUCCCAGAACCUUCACCAGAUCACAACUUCAAACCCUAAACCCUUUCCUUACUUCUUCGUCUUUAGGUUUAUUAUUCGUCAUAUAUUAUAUAUACAUAUACAUCGAUCGUCUAGUCUAUGCAUCAACCAACGCUCUGAAAUCUGAAUCACUUUAAUUAUUUGGUCUAGUCAAUGAAGCCCAACAACAACAACAACACCAAUAGUCGCCCUCGACGUCGUCUUGACUUAACUUUACCUUUACCUUUACCCCAGCCCCAGAUCGCCGUUCCUCUCCCUCUCCCACCCUCCUCCGCCCUCCAACACCAACACAUCAACUUUUCCGACCUCCAUCGGAUCAACAGAAUCGGAAGCGGCAGUGGCGGUACUGUUUACAAAGUCCUCCAUCGCCCUACCGACACGCUCUUCGCUCUCAAAGUAAUCUAUGGAACCCACGACGACGAUGCCCGCCAUCAGAUCCGUCGAGAAAUCGAGAUUCUACGUGGGGUCGACAACCUUAACGUCGUCAAGUGUCACGACAUGUUUGAUCGUGCCGGUGAGAUUCAGGUGCUUCUUGAGUACAUGGACGGUGGUUGCCUUCAAGGCACCCACUUGUCCGAUGAGUCCUUGUUGGCCGAUCUCACCCGUCAGAUUAUCUCCGGACUUUACUACCUCCACCGGCGAAAGAUCGUCCACCGUGAUAUAAAACCUUCCAAUCUGUUGAUUAAUUCCAAGAAACAAGUGAAGAUUGCGGAUUUUGGGGUUUCGAGAAUCUUGGAACAAACGAUGGAUCCCUGUAAUUCUGCGGUGGGUACGAUUGCUUACAUGAGCCCGGAAAGAAUAAACACCGACCUGAACGAAGGAAAAUACGACGGGUGCGCCGGAGAUAUAUGGAGCGUGGGGGUGAGCAUUUUGGAAUUCUAUCUGGGGCGUUUUCCGUUUACCGUCGGAAGACAGGGUGAUUGGGCGAGCCUUAUGUGUGCAAUUUGCAUGUCACAGCCACCAAAAGCGCCGGCGACUGCUUCUCGUGAGUUCAGAGAUUUUGUUGCAUGCUGUUUGCAGAAGGAUCCGGCGAGGAGAUGGACGGCGGCGCAGUUGUUGAGGCACCCGUUCGUUACAGGAGCAGCUCUAAACCAUAAACAUAGCACUUACAGUCAGGUGCAUCCAACAUAUGAGCUACUUCCUCCUCCUUGUCCACAAUUUUCUUCAUCCUCCUGAUGUACGUAAGUACAACCAGAAGCGCAAGUAACAACAAAGAACGAUCUUGUAAGAUAAUCAUUUGGGCCUUGGAUUGGGCUGGGUUAGGCUGCAACAAAAUUCAUGUUCUUUUUAGGGGUAUUCAUGUUCUUUAAGUGGAACGAACCAUGGAGGUUAAUUAGGGAAUGACGAUUGUUUUAUUUAUAUAUAAUAUAUUAUAUACAUGAUGCCAUUUGUAUCGCUCUUCAUUUGUAAUUAAUCUGUUAAUAAAAAUGCAAAAGCAAACAAAUAAGAAAUGUAAGAGUUAAAAGUUCAUAAAAGUUAGAGCAUUCGUGGAUGUACAUUUUCAACGCAAUAUAUAUAAGAUGGUAUUAAAAUGCAUUUUAUAUUUUA